AGAAGAUUAGAUGUGAUGGGAUAGAGUACCAUUUAGAAUGGGAAAACAAGAAAAUUGAUAUACCAACGAGACUGCUCUGCAAGAUAAUCACAAAUGCCAAAAUCGGAGCUAAUUGGAGAGAAAUGAAUCCAAUUCGAGCACUAGAGCCAGAGACAGAAAACACACGACACAAUUGGUCAAGUUUUUGGAAAGAAAUGAACAGAACAAAAGAGUCCAUUGUACAUCAAGAAAGCUUAGUACAAGAAGAGCUACAGCGAUCAAGUGCAUAA